AUGACGUCUUCAACGAAGGUUCCCGUCUACUCCCUCUCCGACCUCAAAAAUACCACCGACGACGCUCUUCCCGUAUACCUGACUACGCUCCCGAAUGAGCCCUUCAAGCAGUCACACUACCUCGCAGAUGUCCGCCUAGUGCUUGGUUACACAGCCGUCGCGAUUGCUGGCGUGCUCUUCUACUUCGACUGGACCCUUGGCUGGGAGAAUACUAAGGCGUACACUGGCCCUGCUGUUCUAGCGUACUUCCUGCUCAACGGUGUGUUUACCUACUGGAUAUGGGCUGUAGAGAAGGGCACUGUGUUUGCUGGGAGCAGGGGGAAGAAUCAGGUAACUAGUCCCCGGCAGAGCUACAGACCAAGAUCGACAAGCACUGGAUGGACUGACAGCGCUGGCAACAAGAUCACGAUGGCAUCGAAAACGAAAGACCAUAUCCCCAUCUACCACCUCACGGUUAGCGUCGACGGCCGAAAACUAGACAUCAAAGCGCCCUUCACACAGUGGUUUUCUGCAGACGGCUAUUUUGUAGCUAAGCCGUUCCAGCAGUGGCUUGCGAGCGAGAUAUCGGUCAUUGGCGAGGCAGAUCCAAACAACGUGGUGGAGGAAAUCGGCAGAGGGAACGUCGUCGAUGGCGUUAGGCCGGAGAAGGUGCAAGGUGUCCUAGAUCAGAUUAGGAAGGGUGCUACGACAGGGAGCAGCCCGGGGAGUGGAAAAGCGCGAAGGCGAGGGUAG